AUGGUAUACGAAAAGUGUUGUGUUGGUGGUUGCAAUACAACACGUGAAACGCACCGGCUUUUCAGAUUCCCUAGGAACGAUAAUCUAAGGAACUUGUGGAUGGCUUUCAUAGUGCCGACAAAUCCCCAGCUCAUUGUACUUUCCAAAGAACAGUUACUUAACAAACGUGUCUGUGAAAAACAUUUUGAUGUAUUUCAGUUCGGCAAUGAAGGCAGAAGACUUCGAUACUCUUACCCGUCCUUGCUUACUGACAAUGAAAUAGCUCAUGGUGUGCCUCUGACUGCAACUGGAUGGGAUGUCACAACUGAACAUAAUUACCGUAAAGAGCAAAAUGAAGAUGAUUUCACAGAAGCUGUGUUAGUGGUUAGAAAGCCUGGAAGUGAUGUUACGAUUGAACACAAUUACUACAAAGAGCAAAAUGAUUGUUCCAAAUCAUCGGUAGAGAUUGGAUCGUCAGAUGUUGGAAAUUCUCAUGAACAGCCUUCAUGUUCAAAUUUUUCAACUGUUGCAACAGUUGUUGAAAAUAAAGGAAUUGAUUCUAAUACUAAUGUGGUGAAACAAAUGAUGCCAAAAGGUAGCACAUGUACAAAAAAGCAAACAGGUGGAGGACCAGCAAAUCCCAGAAAAGAAAAUACUCUAGAUUCAAAAAUCAUAUCUUUGAUUAAAACAAGUGCUGUUGGACUUGCCAACUGUUUUGACAGUGAUAGUGUUGCCUCAGAUAGCUUAGAAAGCCAUAACAUAGCUGAGGCUCAAGUUAUUUUGCCUGAGGAGCCAGAAUUAUGUAAUAAAGAUCUUAAGACUUGA